UUUGAAUUUACUGACUUCUGUCUGACUCUUGGGCCAGCACAAUGCUUCUGCUGUUCAAAGAAAACCCGUCCAAAUUACCUCAGCGAGAGCUUUUUCAUGGUGAAAGGUGCAGCCCUUUUCUUGCAGCAAGGAAACAGCGCCCAGGGCCAGAGGAGUCUCCAGCAUCCUCACAAACAUGCAGGUGAUUUGCCCCAACACCUCCAGGUGAUGAUCAACCUCCUUCGCUGUGAGGACAGGAUCAAACUGGCUGUCCGUUUGGAAAGCGUGUGGACAGACCGAGUGCGGUACAUGGUGGUCGUGUACAGCAGCGGCCGGCAGGACACGGAGGAGAACAUUCUGCUGGGGGUGGAUUUCUCCAGCAAGGAGAGUAAGAGCUGCACUAUAGGAAUGGUUCUUCGCCUGUGGAGUGAUACUAAAAUCCAUCUUGAUGGUGAUGGUGGCUUCAGCGUGAGCACUGCAGGGAGGAUGCACAUCUUCAAGCCAGUGUCAGUGCAAGCCAUGUGGUCUGCUUUACAGAUCCUCCAUAAAGCCUGUGAAGUUGCCAGAAGGUACAACUACUUCCCCGGUGGGAUGGCCUUGGUCUGGGCCACCUACUAUGAAAGCUGCAUCAGCUCUGACCAGAGCUGCAUCAACGAGUGGAAUGCCAUGCAGGACCUGGAGUCCACCCGCCCCGACUCUCCAGCCCUCUUUGUUGACAAGCCCACCGAGCGGGAACGGACGGAGCGGCUCAUUAAAGCCAAACUCCGGAGCAUCAUGAUGAGCAAAGACCUGGAAAAUGUGACUUCCAAGGAGAUACGAAAUGAGCUGGAGAAGCACAUGAAUUGCAACUUGAAGGAAUUCAAGGAAUUUAUAGACAAUGAAAUGCUGCUUAUCCUGGGUCAGAUGGACAAACCGUCUCUGAUUUUUGAUCAUUUAUAUCUGGGGUCAGAGUGGAAUGCCUCCAACCUUGAGGAGCUGCAGGGCUCGGGCAUCGACUACAUUCUGAACGUCACCCGGGAGAUCGACAACUUCUUCCCCGGGCUCUUUGCCUACCACAACAUCCGCGUGUAUGACGAGGAGACAACAGACCUGCUGGCCCACUGGAACGAGGCCUACCACUUCAUCAACAAGGCCAAGAAGAAUCACUCCAAGUGCCUGGUGCACUGCAAGAUGGGCGUGAGCCGCUCGGCCUCCACAGUGAUCGCGUACGCCAUGAAGGAGUUCGGCUGGUCCCUGGAGAAGGCCUACAGCUACGUGAAGCAGAAGCGCAGCAUCGCGAGGCCCAACGCGGGCUUCAUGAGGCAGCUGCUGGAGUAUGAGGGCAUUUUAGAUGCCAGCAAGCAGCGCCACAACAAGCUCUGGAAGCAGCAGGCAGAGAGCAACCUGCCCCAGCAGGGGGAUGGCACGGCAGGGCCGGGCAGCUUCCUGCUGGACAGCUUGGACAUGGACCUGGAAAACCGGCUGGGGGGGGUGUGGGGGGGCCCCGCCGCCCCGCUCGACGCGCUGCUGGAGAACAAGAUCCCCGGAGACAGGGAGAGCUUUUUCCACGUCGGGGAGCUGGAGCGGGAUGCCCUGGAGGAGCGCGCGGGCUCGCUGGUGGGACAGCCUGCCCAGGGGAGGCUGCUGGAGGCAGCCAGGGCCCUGGAGACGGCGGAGCCACUGGAGGAGCUGAGCAGCUUCACUGAGAAGGAGGUGAAGAAGAAACUGGACUUCAACCCCAGGAAGGGAAGGAUAGUGCUGGGCCCCGGGGAGCCAGGGGAGGAGGGUGUCAGGGAGGAACAUCCGAUGGAGAAGUGGAAGCGGCGCUUGUCCGUGCACAAGGAGGAGAGCAGGCUUAAUAGAGAGAACUUGAAUAACAACAACAGCAAAAGGAGUUGCCCAGAGGAUUUUGAGCACGAUGCCGUGUUUGGGAUCCUCAGUAAGGUCAAGCCCCCCUACCAGUCCUGCACUGACUGCAUGUACUCCUCAGCCAGUUUGUCUCCCGACUCCUUCGGGGAGCAGUGUGAAAAGCUGAACCCCAGCGCAGCACGGCGAUCCACGACCAUCUGCACCCAGCCAGCCCUCCUCUCCCACAUCAACUCCACCUUGGGGGACCACCUGCCCAGCAAGGGGCUGGCAGAGGAAGCAAUCAGAACUCAGAGUAACAAGGCUCCCCUUCCCCUGCUGGCAGGACCAGCUUUGGAGGCCGGUGCUUGCAAACCACUCGAUCAACACUGCAGUGUUUUGAAGAAAGGAAAAGAUGCACCAAAAACCCCGGUCAAAACUCGGCUGCCCAGGAGCAACUCGCACUGUGACAAGAGCCUCCUUAAUGCAGAAGUGGUAAAAGAAGAGUCUCUAGCCAGAAAAGACAGCAAACCGACCAAGGAUCUGAAGUACUUGUUCAGCAAAGACUUGGAGAAGCCAAGUGCAAACAGUUACUUGAUGCAGCACCAGGAGUCGCUCCUUCAGCUGCAGAAAGCAGGCUUGGUUAGGAAACACACCAAAGAGCUGGAGCGGUUGAAAAGCCUGCCCUCAGACCCCUCAGCACUGCUCAGAGAGAGCCCCCUGAGCAGGGUGGACUCCAGCAUUGUGGAGGAGAGUGAGGAUCUGAUUGCACCCCACGGCCUCGUGCCUCUCCUGGGACCUGUGCCCUUGAUACCCGAAGGCGCCGAAAACGUGGAGAAGUUAGAGGUGAAGCGCGUCCUGGAGGGGAUCGCUCAGAAAACCUCCACCCCUGUCGUGUGUCGGUUGGAUCACACGAGCAGUUUCACCAAGGACUUUCUGAAGACCAUCUGCUACACCCCCUCCUCCUCCCGCAGCUCCAACCUGACCCGCAGCUCCAGCAGCGACAGCAUCCACAGCGUGCGGGGCAAGCCCGGCCUGGUGAAGCAGAGGACUCAGGAGAUCGAGACCAGGCUGCGGCUGGCCGGCCUGACCGUGUCCUCUCCUCUGAAAAGGUCCAAUUCUCUCGCCAAGCUCGGGUGUCUUAACUUGUCCUCUGAGGAUUUAUCCAGUGACAUGGAUGUGUCCACCAUAACGGACUCAAAAGAGGCCGUUUCAAGUGAGUCUUCCGUGCUCUGUGAGCCACAAGCCACGCUGAGGAGUGCAGAUGUCACCUCCAAACUGGCAGCCAAGCCAGCCCUUGGAAACUUGAAGAGCAUCCUUUGGAUGGGCAAAAGUUGA